CGGCGUGGGCCGUGGGCCGUCAGGGCAGCCCUGAAGGGGCCCCCUCCCCACUCCGCUCGAGUAGAAGUGUGAGAGAGCCCAGCAGGACUCAGAGGGGAGAGUUGGAGGAAAAAAAAAAAAAGGCAGAAAAGGGAAAGAAAGAGGAAGAGAAAGAGAGAGAGUGAGAGGAGCCGCUGAGCCCACCCCGAUGGCCGCGGACGAAGUUGCCGGAGGGGCGCGCAAAGCCACGAAAAGCAAACUUUUUGAGUUUCUGGUCCAUGGGGUGCGCCCCGGGAUGCCGUCUGGAGCCCGGAUGCCCCACCAGGGGGCGCCCAUGGGCCCCCCGGGCUCCCCGUACAUGGGCAGCCCCGCCGUGCGACCCGGCCUGGCCCCCGCGGGCAUGGAGCCCGCCCGCAAGCGAGCAGCGCCCCCGCCCGGCCAGAGCCAGGCCCAGAGCCAGGGCCAGCCGGUGCCCACCGCCCCCGCGCGGAGCCGCAGUGCCAAGAGGAGGAAGAUGGCUGACAAAAUCCUCCCUCAAAGGAUCCGGGAGCUGGUCCCAGAGUCCCAGGCUUACAUGGACCUCCUGGCCUUUGAGAGGAAACUGGAUCAAACCAUCAUGCGGAAGCGGGUGGACAUCCAGGAGGCUCUGAAGAGGCCAAUGAAGCAAAAGCGGAAGCUGCGUCUUUAUAUCUCCAACACUUUUAACCCUGCAAAGCCCGAUGCUGAGGAUUCUGAUGGCAGCAUUGCCUCCUGGGAGCUGCGGGUGGAGGGGAAGCUCCUGGAUGACGUACGUCCUGGCCCAGGUCUCUCCAGGUGUCCUGGGCCCAGCAAGCAGAAGCGGAAGUUUUCUUCCUUCUUCAAGAGUUUGGUCAUUGAGCUGGACAAAGACCUUUACGGCCCUGACAACCACCUAGUGGAGUGGCACCGGACGCCCACAACGCAGGAGACGGACGGGUUCCAGGUGAAGAGGCCAGGAGACCUGAGUGUGCGCUGCACGCUGCUGCUCAUGCUGGACUACCAGCCUCCCCAGUUCAAACUGGAUCCCCGCCUGGCCCGCCUGCUGGGGCUGCACACACAGAGCCGCUCAGCCAUCGUCCAGGCCCUGUGGCAGUACGUGAAGACCAACAGGCUGCAGGACUCCCACGACAAGGAAUACAUCAACGGGGACAAGUAUUUCCAGCAGAUCUUUGAUUGUCCCCGGCUGAAGUUUUCUGAGAUUCCCCAGCGCCUCACAGCUCUGCUCUUGCCCCCUGACCCAAUCGUCAUCAACCACGUCAUCAGCGUGGACCCGUCGGACCAGAAGAAGACGGCGUGCUAUGACAUUGAUGUGGAGGUGGAGGAGCCACUGAAGGGGCAGAUGAGCAGCUUCCUCCUGUCCACGGCCAACCAGCAGGAGAUCAGCGCUCUGGACAGUAAGAUCCAUGAGACGAUUGAGUCCAUAAACCAGCUCAAGAUCCAGAGGGACUUCAUGCUAAGCUUCUCCAGAGACCCCAAAGGCUACAUCCAAGACCUCCUCCGCUCCCAGAGCCGGGACCUCAAGGUGAUGACAGAUGUGGCAGGCAACCCUGAGGAGGAGCGCCGGGCUGAGUUCUACCACCAGCCCUGGUCCCAGGAAGCCGUCAGCCGCUACUUCUAUUGCAAGAUCCAGCAGCGCAGGCAGGAGCUGGAGCAAUCUCUGGUUGUGCGCAACACCUAGGAGCCCUGUGAACGGGCGCCGCUGGGGGCCUCAGGCCCUGCCCUGUCCCCUAGGGCUCCGCCAUCACUCCUGACGUCUGGCCUCGCCUCGCGGGUGAGGCAGGGACUGGAUUAAAGGUCAUUCACCUGAUAA